AUGCUAUUCCUGCUCGGUAUCUCCACACUGGCUGUAGCCCAGAAGAUUCCUGAUCGCAACGAUCUCUCCAACUACACGACCGGAAUCAACCUCCCCUACACCUCCAAAUUCUCCUUAACGAAAACACCUACCAUCGAAGCCAACAUCGAGGGCAUCAAGUUUACCCUCCCAGUCGACACAGCGAGCACCGGUCUCCUCAUCGGCGCGCCCCAACUCCCCUCCAUCGCUAACAACACCGGCAUACCAACCUACCAGUACCUCGCAAAAACAAUCUACACCGGCCGCUUUGUGCGGCUGAACAUCACCUUUCCAGGCGCCAAAUCCACCUCCGCACGUUCCGAGAUCCCGAUCCUUAUAGUAGACAAAAGCGUCACCUGCCCCAAGUACAAUACCGCGAGAAAUACCGGAAAAUGCGACGACAAAGCCGCCCCAGCCAAUGACGUUAGCAAAGUCCUCAUCCUGGGCAUCGGCUUCGGCUUCAACCUACCCAACAGCGGCCUCCCCUACGCAAUCCCCUCACACAACCCCUUCCUCAAUAUCAAGGAGGUGAACGGGGCUGCUACAACUGACAAGACGUUCCGAAGUGGGUACACAGUGAGCACCAAGGGCGUGUAUCUAGGCCUCACAAGCGCCAACACGAAGGGCUAUAACUGGGUCAAGUUAGACAAGGGCGCGACGGGGGAUUCCCGCGACUGGGCCAAGGUCAAGACGCAGUUUCGCGUUGAUGGGAGUGCGCCGUACAACGGGACGGCGGUCGUGGACACGAGCACGGGAUACAUGUAUGUGCAGGCUGAGCCGGUGGGCAGCAUCCCGAAUACUACGGUGGCGGACACGAUCCACAAACCUCAUGACAAGAACAAGAAGAUGAAGGUCGUCAAACCGGGCACACAUCUCGAGUUUGGGUUUCCGGUCAACAAAAAUGCCGAGGGGGUGGCGGGAUUUGACUUCAAGGUUGGGGAGAAGAAGAAGGGUGUUCCCGAGUGGGUUUUUCCGACGAGGGCGGGGAAGGAGCCGCAUGUUGUUGCGGGGAGAGGUUUGUUGGAGGGGUUUAGUGUUGCUUUCGAUGCUGCUGGGGGCAGAUUUGGGUUCAAGUGUAUGGUUUGCGGGGAGGAGAAGGCCAGUGAGACGAAAAAGGUUAAAGCCAGUAGGAAAAUCACGACAUGGAGAUACAUAGCGGCGAAGAAAGCAAGUGCCUGA